GGAGGAGGAGGAGGAGGAGCUGGAGCUGGUGGCAAGAACGUAGCGCAGAGCGGAGCAGAGCAAGAGCAGCAGCAGCUUACAGCGUACAGGAGACGGCGCAGGGAGGGAGGGCAGGGGAGGGGGAGGGGAGGGGAGGGGAGGACGUAGAGCAGCAGCGGAACGCUUUCUCUCGCCCGAGCAGGGAGACGAAUUGGACUCGGCAGGAGCAGGAGCUGGCGCCAUGGAAUUUUACUGUAGUCGUCGGUGAUUGAUUGUUGAUUCGAUUCGGAGAGUUUCUGCUAUGGCUGCACGGAGCGAUCGUUGCGCAGCAGCAGAGCGAACGAGGCGGACGAAAACCUGAGGAGAAAAAAGGAAUCAGCUGAUUUCAUGCAGUUUCAUGCAGGAUCUAGGUAGUGAGGAGUGGGCGAGGAGCCACGGGGGCGCAUGAUGGCCCUUGCUAGGAUGCGUCGAGGCGACGAUGGUUGUGGCAGCAGGCAGCGUGGAGGAUUCUUGAGGUCUGGAAAAUAUUUCGCAGUGGGGAGGUGGUGUAGGUCGGUCGAGGAAAUGUCCUGCCUACACGGAUUGGAUGUACAGCAGAAGGAGCAGGUCUGCGCAGUUCGGAGCCAUGCACGAUGAUUGGCGCGACAGUUGAGCUUGGGAUGCAGGUUUUAGGGUAGUUUCGGUCGUGGAUUUCUGAGCUUGGGGUUUGGAAAGGAAAAAUCUUGAAGGGGUAGCAAUGUUUGGGAGGGGUCGGUGGAUUGUCGGGCACAUGCGGCUGGCCCUCGCUGCUCCUGCCCCUGCUCUUCCAGUUCCUGUGUCGACGCUUCACACAUGGGCUGUGAUUGUGGCGGGAGUGUUCGUCCUCAUAGCUCUAGCUCUGUCCACCUUCCUCAUGUUUGAGCAUCUCACGUGCUAUAAAGAUCCAGAGGAGCAAAAGUGGUUGGUUGGACUGAUUUUCAUGGUCCCUGUAUAUACAGUUUCAUCGUUUUUUUCGUUGUGGCACCCAAAGUAUUCAUUAGUUUGUAACAUACUGGGCAAUUGCUAUGAGGCGUAUGCUUUAUACGCGUUUGGAUGCUACCUUAUUGCCUGCUUAGGUGGCGAGGAGAAGGUAGUAGAGCUUUUUGAUAGGGAGGGAACGAAAGGUGCUCGCACGCCUUUAUUAGAGAAUAAAUCUGGGAAAAGAGCAGAUGUGGAGCAUCCGGUACCUUUAAAUUGGUGCAUUGAGCCCUGGGAAUUGGGGCAAGAUUUCUAUACAGCUGCAAAGUUUGGUAUUGUCCAAUAUAUGAUACUGAAGACUUUCUGUGCCUUGUUAGCACUGCUGUUGAAUCAAGUGAACCUGUACAAUGAAGGCGACUUCCACCCUUAUGAUGGGUACCCUUACAUCACUCUGGUACUGAACUUCAGCCAAACCUGGGCUCUUUAUUGCCUGAUACAAUUUUAUGGUCAGACACACGAGGAACUGAAGUCUAUCAACCCACUCGCAAAGUUUAUCUGCUUCAAGUCGAUUGUUUUUGCGACCUGGUGGCAGGGCGUCAUGAUAUCUCUCGCUUUCGGAUCUGGAUGGUUCAAGGUCGACUCCGAUGUUUUCAGCGGAAAGUUUCAGACUGGUUUACAGGACUUUCUCGUUUGCUUUGAAAUGGCGAUUGCAGCUAUUGCCCACAUAUAUAUAUUUCCAGCAACUCCUUAUCAGAUGAUGGGUCAGGACCGGAGGCGUGGUAGUGUGUCAGUGCUUGCUGAUUAUGCAUCGAUGGAUUCCCCUUUGGAUCCUGAGGAAAUCAGAGAGAGUGAACGAUCUACAGUCAUGAAGUUCCCGCACAAGCAGGGAGAUAAAGCUGGCGGGACAAGUGUUAGGGAGAGUGUCCAAGACAUAGUGAUUGUUGGAGGUGGUCAUGUUGUGCAAGAUAUGAAACUGACUGUGCACCAAGCUGUCGAGCCAAUGGAAAAGGGCAUCAACAAAAUCAACCAAACUCUCAACCAUUUGCCAUGGGGCAAACACAGGAAAGAAAAGGAGAAGGAAAAGACAAAGCCUAGGACAAUGAGUAAAGAUGACCUCUUCAUCUCUCCGCAAAGCAGUUUUGGACAGCCAGUAAGAGGUAUUGACGAUCCCCUACUUGCUGGAAGUAUGAGCGAUAGCGGUGUAAUUCGAAAGAAGUCUAUGUCGUAUGGCAGUGGAGCAGAGAGCAGUGGGGAGAGCAGUGACCAAGGGUUAGGCGGCUUCAGAACAGGAGGUAAUCGAUGGACAGUCAAAAAGUGAAAUUGGUGACAUCGCUUAGAUUACACUUGUACUUACGGAACUUUUCAAAAUUUGUGAUCGCUCCUUGAAUGUUACACAGUACACACAAGCUCUAUGAGGGCAUGCCAGCCAAAACUUUCAACAAACAGUGUGCCCCCUUGUACACUAGAAAAUAUAUUGUGGGUAUCAACGUGUGCCAGGAUUGGCUCUUAGUCGCCCACCGUGACCUUUUACUCUUGCAAUCACUGGUUGAUUUCGAUGUUGUUUAAGAGGUUUGUACAUUCUACACACCAAGUCUCUAGCUAGCAUUGGAACUUGCUCUACUCCAGUUCUAUCGAACAAGUUUUCUGACAUUGAGAAACUGUAGUCUGCUUCAUCUACAGGCAGUCGCAUGUUUCUCAAGUUUAGGUCUCCCAGCUUUGCGCUGUUCACAGUCUUUUACUUGGUCAAGAAUUGGACAGAGUACAUCAAAUUUUGUUUGAACAUUCCAUCAAAACGUGUAUUCGUGAAUUUGACGAGUUGUUUCACGUCGAUUCAGCAAUUUUCCUGAAUAGCAUAGAGUCUGCCCUCUCUGCAAGAACAAAGUUAGUGGAGUACUUCUCGACCUUUCUUUAUGGACUUGCUCUUUAAAUUUGUGGACGAAAGUUGCUAAAUCUAAGGGGAAUUUCGCUCAUCAAAAGGUUUCUCUGGAAUAAAUAUGCCCGAU